AUGAUUCAAACUGAAGCUGAAGCUCCUAGAGCCACAACUAAUGAAGUGAGGUCGUUGAUGAAAACCCAACUUCCCAUGAAGCUCUUGAAGUUGGUUGUUGAUGAAACCGUCAGAGCUGAUGCUGAAGCUUAUGACGAAGACCUUCCUAUCACCUCUGCAGCUGAUGCUGGUGAUAAGGAAGACGAUGAUGAUAAUGAAGACGAUGAUUCGCCUACCCUUUCUGAUGCCGGAAAAGAUCUUGGUGAUGAUGAUGAUGAUGAUGAAGACGAUGAUGAUGACGAAUUCACCAUUCAGUACCAGAAACCUGCCAGUACCAUGAAAGGAGUUUCUCUCAGGGAUUCUACAUCCCAGGGGGAGAAAGAGAAGGAGAACUCAGAGAAGAACCAAAACACCAAAUCGAAAGACAAAGGUGUUGAUGAAAAGGAAACCUCAUGGACAAUAAUUCCUGAUCCUUCUGCUAAAUCAAAUUUAGUUUCAUUGUUUAAAGACGCAUUUGAUAGAACUUGGGAUAUUCUUGCAGAUUAUGAAAUAUCUGACCUACCCAAGGUGAAUGAACUAGUGGUCUCGAUUCUACAAGUUACUCAACUUUCUAGAACAUCUGAAGCUGCUACUAAAUCAGAACCUGUUCAAGCUAAGGCACAGACUCAAUCCGACAUUGAUCAAUCUGAGUCCUCUAUACCUGCUGAUAAAGCUAAAUAUUCUAAGAUUCAAGUUGAAGAAGAAUUUGAUAUUCAAGCUGAAACUGAAUUUCAAGCUGUAACUGAUGAAUAUGAUGAUCAGAACAACUUAACGGAUGUUCAACCCCUUUCUUGUACUCACAAGAGGACGAAAGAUCCUCCCCUUACUCAAAUAACUGGUAAUGUAAAUGAUAGAGUGAAAACACGAUCUGCUACCACUAACGAGUGUCCUUUCGUUACUUUCUCAGCACUAUAG